AUGGCGACGACAACCGCGGAUCCGACGCCGUUAAUCGGUACUUCUUCCGAUGACUCAAACUCCGGACGGCGAAUUCUCCGUGCGCCGAGUCUCCGUCAAGCGGCGCGGUUCCUACGGCAAGCGAGUGGGCGGAGGUUGAUGCGCGAGCCGUCGAUGAUGGUGAGGGAAACCGCGGCGGAACAAUUGGAAGAGAGACAAAGCGAUUGGGCUUAUUCGAAGCCGGUGGUGAUCCUUGACAUUCUCUGGAACUUGUCGUUCAUUAUUGUGGCCGCUACUGUGUUGAUUUUGAGUUGGAAUGAAUCUCCCACCGCGCCUCUUAGGUUGUGGAUUUUAGGGUAUGCGCUACAGUGUGUUCUUCAUACCGUGUGUGUUUGUUUUGAGUAUCGGAGAAGGGUGAGGAUGCGGGAACAGACGAACACGAGCACUGGUAACGCGUUUGGGAGUGGUGGCAGUGGGGAUUUGAGCUUUGGUUCAAUGGAUGGUUCUGGACAGUUUGUGAAUGUGGCGCAGUAUGGGGAUGAUGGUUCUACAAGUUUGCCAAAGCAUUUGGAAUCAGCCAACACAAUGUUUUCUUUUAUUUGGUGGGUCAUUGGAUUCUAUUGGGUAUCAGCAGAUGGUCAAGAUUUGAUCAACGAAUCUCCUAUGCUUUAUUGGUUAUGUAUUGUCUUCUUGGGGUUUGAUGUUUUUUUUGUCGUUUUCUGUAUUGCGCUGGCAUGCAUCAUUGGUCUUGCUGUUUGCUGCUGCCUUCCGUGUAUUAUUGCGCUUCUGUAUGCUGUUGCAGACCAGGCAAGGGCAACAAAAGAAGACAUUGAGCAGUUGUCAAAAUUCAAAUUCCAAAGAAAAAGUAAUGAGAAGGUUGCUGGUAAUACACAAGGACCUGUUGGAGGAAUAAUGACUGAAUGUCGAGCUGAUUCCCCAAUUGAACACGUGCUUGCUGAUGAGGAUGCGGAAUGUUGCAUCUGUCUUUCUACCUAUGAAGAUGGUGUUGAACUAAGACAACUUCCUUGUGGUCACCAUUUUCACUGUGGCUGUGUGGACAAAUGGCUGCACAUUAAUGCGACUUGCCCCCUCUGCAAGUAUGACAUUUUGAAAAGUAGCAGCUAUGGUCAAGAGCAAGUGUAG